GCUACAAUGCAUCAUGGACGAGUUACAUACCGGCUCACAAGACUCGGGUCACCGCGGAUGCGAACUCAACGGGGUUGGUUCACACCGCGAGUCAACCCAGACGUUAAAUGCCACAUUUGGAUUCCGUCGCACGGCCAAUCUCACUGUUCCUCCCGAAAGCCAGAUCAGAGCGGCUGUGGUGCUUUCGUCCGAUCAAGCAUUGCCGACGGCUAAGGCCGAAAGAUCCAUCGAUUGCGGCGUACGAGGCGGACGAAUGGCAGAGUCAGCUGACGAAGGCGGUUCCAGGGAUCCGGCCUUGGGAGCCGACGGGGAUCCACGGCGCAGUCCCAAGGCCUCGACCUGCAAGGGCAAGUCCUGCAAGGGAUGCCUCUACUACUCCUGGCGCCUCAAAUCCGACGCCCGUAUCCCGGUCGGCGUUGGGAUCGGCCGGAUGCUUCCCCAAGAUUGCUUUGGCCUGAGACAACUUACUACUACUGGCAUACUCAGAAAGAAUUCAUCAAUUAUUUUGCAGUACCUAACUACAUCAUCGGUGAAUCUGAAAUGGAAGCUACAAAAGAAGGCCGUAGCUUGUCAGAUUUCAAGUACACUUGUGUUGGUUAUUCAGUUUUCCUUGAUACAAAAAAUGAUAAUGCUGAAAAGCCAGAGAACCAAGCAGAGUUGCCAUUUUGUGCAGGCAUUGAGAUGCUACACCAUUCACAACCACGAGCACACCGAUCAGCUCACCCUUCAGGGGAUGAAUUGUUAAACAGGAAAGCAUAUGGUUUUAAUUCUGUUCCUACGUUUUCCUCAAUGUGAUUAAGAGUAAAGAAAUGCUAGAGGUUUAUCUCCAUGCAGGUUUAGAAAGAAUGCUGGGCUGGUGGCUUCAGGUGUCGCUAAGAACCUGAACAGAGUCGGCAAUUACAUCAAAGAAAGUGUUGACAACAUAUUGUAUCCACACCGCAGGCGACCCAAGUAAGAUCUCGACCCCAACCCACACAUCUUAUGACCAACAAGAAACAAAGAAAAGAAGUGGGUUUUUCUUGAUGUGGGUUCCUCUCUGUUGUUGGCAAUAUCAGUUUGAAUCUGUAACUUUGUUUCUAGAAUAAUUUUGUUGUAAAAAUUCAAAUGCCUGGCUGCUUGCUAGCUGCAUAUUUGUUUGGCCAUUGCUAAUAGCUGUUAUAGGGGCCAAUAUUAGCAGUAUUCAUAUCAGCUGGUGCACUCGUUAUAUCUCGUGGUAAAUAUCAAAUGCAUCGAGUACUUGGUUGGAUA